AUGAUCGCACACGUUUUAUCUUCAUCUGUAUUGUCGGAGAAGCAGCUUGGCUGCGCACUUGUUUUUAUCGGUGCCUUUGGUUUAUCACUCAUUUUCCUCUUGUUGAGUCCUGAAGCUGGGAAGAAAAGUCCUCCUGCCCCAAAUUUUGGCAUACCGCGCAUCGGUGACGCAGCUGCAUUUCUGAAAGAUCCUGUUAGGUUCAUACAGAAAGCAAGUAAAAAAUGCGGAUCUAUAUUUCAGGUUAAGCUACUCUUUGCAAACCUCAUCUACCUACGUGGAACCAGAUAUAACCGCAUUUAUACCGAUGUUAAGGAGGACACCUGGUCCUUCGGUGGUGGCAUUGGGUUGUUUCUCAAAAAGAUUGCUCAGCCGGGGUAUUUUGACCACCUCCGCACUCUGGUCUCCUCUUUGAACCGUGGCGUGAAUCGCAAGGUCGCUUUGGAUCACUACACUCAGUUGGUCGGGGAGGAAGCUGACAGGGUGCUUGAGAUCUGGAGCAAGCAAGAUAGGGUCCAAGUAUUCGAAGAGACCUCCCGUUUUGUGCACCGAGUAAUUGUUCGGUGUUUAAUGGGUCAAGACUUUUAUGAGAAUCAUGUGGAUGAGCUCUAUGAUAUUUUGCAUCAUAUGGAGACAGAUAUAGGUCAUCCCCUUAACAUGCUUCUGCCCGACUGGAUCCCCCAUCCGCCAUCGCGUCGACUGAAACAGCAUAGAGACCGGUUCGGGCGAAUUUUUCAACAGCAGCUUGCAGAGCGGCGCAAGGAUCCUCAAGCAUGGAAGGACGCCUUGGACUAUAUUUCAUUCACCCUGGAGGAUCCAAAAACCGCCCACCUUGAAGACUGGCUCCCUUCCCAUCAUACAGUAAUGAUGUUUGCUGCCCAUACAAGCACAGUAGCCAGCAUUGCAUGGACAAUCAUAGAGUUACUUCGCAAUCCAGAGUACAUAUCUGAGGUGCGCAAGGCUUUGGAUGCACAUGAUAUGGAUGCGCGCCACACUCCCGCGCUUCUUGCAUGCAUCAAGGAGACUGGUCGUCAUUACUCAGGAGUCCACAUGUUUCGCACCACACAUCGCCCUGUGGACCUAGAUGAAGGCAGGUAUACGGUCCCUCCAAAUUCGAUUGUUUGCAUAUCCCCUUACCUUACACACCAUGACCCUAAUAUCUACCACGAUCCACAUAGGUGGCUUCCUGAGCGUUGGUUAGAGCACGAUUCUGGCAUGCAGAAUCUAAACAAUUCGCAGGAGGUCGCAUUUCUGCAAUUUGGCGCUGGCUGUCAUCGAUGCCCAGGGGAGGCACUGGCCGGAAUUAUCGCCCAAGGGCUGGUUUCUCAUCUCCUCAAGAACUAUGAUCUUGCCUUGGGGAACGAUGACCCGUCUCAGGACCUUUCUAUGUUGGAUUUCAGUAAAGUGGGAAGCCCUUGGCUUUUAGGGGGAUGCAUACAUUAG